UGUUGGGAGAGGGGUUGGAAUGAGAUGAGAUGCAGUUAGAGUUUGUCACGGGUGGAGUCCAGUUGUUCUGCUGCUCUGAGAGCAGAGACCUUAUGUGGGAUUGAGGUGGUCACAGUUCAGUCCACCAAAGCACAGGAGCGCUCAGCGCCAGCGGUUGCCCCUACACCUCCCGUUGGUGCACAUGCGCACUAUAGAGUUGCGGGGCGUGUGUAGGGUAAAGGGGAAGGGGUAGGAGAACUGACAUGUUCUUUCUUGGAAGCAAAAGGAGCUAGGAUUUGGAAGCCAGACCAUAUGGGUUUCUAGGUAUGAGAACCCAGUAGUUGAAGGGUUUGGGGCUUAAGGUUUGAUGAGAACCCCUUCCUUAGGAUUGGCAGGAGGCCACAUGAAUCUCCACCUCCCUUUCAUUCUUUCCUAACUCAGGCCCCUUCCCAUCAGGCUCAGCUGUUUAUUGGCCCUCCAGAAAAAUGGAUAGGAGAAAUGACUCCAAUUAUAAGAUGACCCUGUUCCAGUUCAAGAAUCUGAACAAGGAUGAGAGAGGUGAUGGCAAUUAUAGGCAUGUCCCAUGGGGCCAGAGGCCUCUGCUAUCCCGAGAUGUGACCAUUUUGCAAGAAAGGGCAAAUAAAUUGGUGAAAUACCUGUAGGUUAAGGACCAGACAAAGAUCCCCAUCAACUGCUCAGACAUGCUGAAGGAUGUCAUCUAAGAAUAUGAUGAAUACUUCCCAGAGAUCAUUGAGCGAGCAAGCUAUGCUCUGGAGAAGAUGUUUCGAGUCAAUCUGAAGGAAAUUGAUAAUAGCUUGUAUAUUCUCAUCAGCAUUCAGGAAUCCUCUACAGGCAUACUGAGAAUGACCAAGGACACACCCAAACUAGAUCUUCUCAUGGUGAUUCUGAGUGUCAUUUUUAUGAAUGGCAACAAGGCCAAUGAGGCUGUCAUCUGGGAGGUGCUGCGUAAGUUGGGGCUGUGCCCUGGGGUAAGGCACUCACUCUUUGGGGAAGUGAGGAAGCUCAUCACAGAUGAGUUUGUGAAGCAAAAGUACCUGGAAUACAAGAGGGUCCCCAACAGCAGACCACCUGAAUAUGAGUUCUUCUGGGGCUUGCGCUCCUACCGAGACUAGUAAGAUGAAAGUUCUCAAUUUCUAAUGAAACUUCUCCUCCUGGCUUGCAGAGUACAAAAAAAAGACCCCAAGGACUGGGCCGUGCAGUACCAGGAAGCAGUGCAGAUGCAAGUCCAAGCUACAGCUGUGGCCACAGCUGAGGCUGAGGCCAGGGCUGAGGUUUAUUUCUCAUGUUUACAGAUACUGCUAAUGAAUUGCAGCAGUCCUUCCCAUGGAGCCAAGGUACAUCCUUGGAAUCUUUGUCCAUGCAGCAGUCUUAGCAGCUGAGGGUGAGGGUGACACACUAUGAAAAUAAUCUGUUUGCCAAUUCUGCUUUGUUCUUUGCUUUUUGUGUUCUAUCAUAUUUGGUAUCAUAGUUACAUUAAAUUUGCAAAAUGAA